AUGCCAUACGAAAUGGAAGAUGAACGUCAAGAAAGCGAGAAAUGCGACUUUGAAGUCGAUCGUGAGGACAGCCAUAUUGAUGACAACACAGACCUGGAGGCCUAUUUUGACGAACCGAUUGCCAAUGAUGUUUGGCUAGAAGACUAUUGUCGAAGGCAGGAAGAAAACAACGAAAGAAUGGCAGAGUUAGAACUUCGUUGGGAUGGAAGCAAGCCUGUAACAUCGGUAAUUUUUCGCAUUCUUUUGUUGUGAUUUAUAUUUUAAAUAGCAUGUGGUAUGAAAUGUUUUGUCUUUCGUGUAGAAUGUAUAUUAAUAUAGUAUACUGAAGUUGUAUAUUUUUGUGGUUAGGUGCAGUUGUGGCAACUGUAGCAUUGAAUUGUUGCAGAAUGCUAAAGUGUUGUUGUUGCAAAGAAAUCGAGGGUUGUGUGAAAUUUCUUGACAACUUUUCUGAGGACUCCAUGCUGCAAAGUGAGCAAGACGAACUAACAUGCACAAUCGAUCAUCCCGGUUUUCCAGCUAUUUGCUUAAACAGAUGGUCCUUGGAGCUUGCUGCUGACAAUUUUAAAACCCGUGAUGGCCAUCGUUAUAAGCAAAGUGGUUCAAAAGAAAAGUAUAUAAUUUAA